GAUGCGCUCCAGCGAGUUUUACUUCCCCUGUGCAGGGGUGUUUGCCAGCAGCCGGCGGUUGCUCUCAGAAGUCAGUUCCAGUGACUUGAGCCCUUGAGCCCAGAGCCUUAUCAUGCUGCUCCCUAGAAAAGCCAGGAGCUGCUGACAUCUCCCUGGACAGGGGCUCACAUCUGCUCUCAAGAAAAAUGGACAAGCUGAAUAAGAUAACUGUCCCUGCCAGCCAGAAGCUGAGACAGCUUCAAAAAAUGGUCCAUGAUAUUAAGAACAAUGAAGGUGGAAUAAUGGACAAAAUAAAAAAACUGAAAGUCAAAGGACCUCCAAGUGUUCCUCGGAGGGACUACGCGUUAGAGAGCCCUGCUGACGAAGAGGAUCAGUGGUCAGAUGACUUUGACAGUGACUAUGAAAAUCCAGAUGAGCAUUCGGACUCUGAGAUGUACGUCAUGCCCGCGGAGGAGACGGGCGACGAUUCUUAUGAGCCACCUCCCGCUGAGCAGCAGACAAGGGUGGUCCAUCCAGCCCUGCCCUUCUCCAGGGGCGAGUAUGUAGAUAAUCGAUCCAGCCAGCGGCACUCCCCGCCCUUCAGCAAGACACUUCCCAGUAAGCCCAGCUGGCCAUCAGCAAAAGCAAGACUGGCCUCCACCCUGCCAGCCCCCACAUCUCUACAAAAGCCUAAAGUCCCCCCCAAGCCCAAAGACCUCCUGGACGAUGAGGCUGACUACGUGGUCCCUGUGGAGGACAAUGAUGAAAACUAUAUCCAUCCCAGAGAAAGCAGCCCGCUGCGUGGUGAGAAAGCUCCCACAGUGAAUAGAUCGACCAAGCCAAACAGCUCCUCGAAGCCAGUAUCGCCUCCAGGGAAUGUCACAGGUCGGAACAGUGGGGUCUGGGACUCCAAAUCAUCUUUUCCCGCUGCACCAUCCCCACUGCCACGAGCCGGGAAGAAAACAGCUACACCACUGAAGACAACUCCAGCUGCCCCUCCACAGAACGCAUCAAGUGUUUGUGAAGAAAAACCUGUUCCUGCUGAACGCCACCGAGGGUCAAGUCACAGACAAGACACUGUACAGUCGCCAGGGUUUCCUCCCACCCAGAAACCUAUCCAUCAAAAGCCUGUACCUCUGCCAAGGUUUCCGGAAGGGGGAGGGCCCACCGUAGAUGGACCGUUACCCAGCUUUUCAUCUAAUCCCACUUUUGCAGACCAGGAAGCUGAGCUUCACGGUAAGCCCUGGUAUGCUGGCGCCUGUGACCGCAAGUCUGCAGAAGAAGCCUUGCACAGAUCCAACAAGGAUGGAUCAUUUCUUAUUCGGAAAAGCUCUGGCCAUGAUUCUAAGCAGCCAUAUACGCUGGUUGCGUUUUUUAAUAAGCGAGUAUAUAAUAUUCCUGUACGGUAUAUUGAAGCAACCAAACAAUAUGCUUUGGGAAAGAAGAAAAAUGGUGAAGAGUACUUCGGAAGUGUUGUGGAAAUCAUUAAGAAUCACCAGCACAACCCCCUGGUUCUUAUCGACAGUCAGAAUAACACAAAAGAUUCCACAAGACUGAAAUAUGCUGUGAAGGUUUCAUAAAGGAAGAGACGUCAACACCACUGUUCCAGACAUUUCCCCCAUUUCUCCUUUUAAGAAAACUUCAUAUUCUGGAUGUGAAUCAUCAGCAAUAAAAGAGAAGAUAAAUGAA